AUGGAAGAGGUAGCUAAGGAAUAUUUUGAUGAACUGUUAUACCGAUCGUUGUUUCAAAAGUCGGGGAAAUCAAGUUUCACUAUGCAUGAUCUCAUUAAUGACUUGGCUGUGUUUGUGUCUAAGGGGUUUUGUUCCCGGUUGGAAGGAAGGGAAUCACAUGAAAUAGAAAGAGUUCGCCAUUUGUCAUAUGCUAAGGGAGAAUUUGAUGUUGCUCUUAAAUUUGAGCCACUGAAGGGAUCUAAAUGUUUGCGGACCUUCUUGCAUACCCCUUUAAAUCUAUACAAAAUGGGUUAUCUAAGUAAACAGGUUCUACAAGAUUUGGUGCCAUCACUAAGUUGUUUACGGGUGUUAUCAUUGUCGCUUUAUGAGAAUGUCAAUGUAUUACCCGAUUCCAUUGAAAAUCUCAUUCACUUGCGGUACUUGGAUCUCUCCUAUACGACAAUUGAAAGGUUACCUUGUGUUCUUUGCAGUCUUUACAAUUUGCAGACAUUACUAUUGUCAUAUUGUUUGUCUCUUGUUGAAUUGCCUACAGAUAUGACAAAAUUGAUAAAUUUACAGAAAUUAAUCUUGAGAGGUUGUAAGUCUCUUAAUAAAUUGCCUACAGACAUGAGAAAAUUGAUUAACUUGAGGCAUCUUGACUUUAGUAGAACUGAAAUUAAAGAAAUGCCGGUGCAAAUGGGUAGACUAAAAAGUUUGAGAACAUUGAUUGCUUUUGUUGUGGGGAAAUCUACUGGGUCGACUAUUGGAGAAUUGAUGGAGCUAUCGCAUCUACGAGGAAAACUUUCAAUUCUGAAGCUGCAAAAUGUGGUUGAUGCUAGGGAUGCCUUGCAAGCCAAUUUGAAGGAUAAGAAAGAUCUCAAAGUGUUAGAGUUGGCAUUGGGUGCGGACAAUGCUGAUGAUUCUCAAAAGGAGAAAGAUGUACUUGACAAUCUCCAACCUUGCAUGAAUUUGGAGGAACUAACCAUCAGAUUCUAUGGUGGAACCAACUUCCCGAAUUGGUUAGGAGACAAGUCCUUCUCUAACAUACAAUUCAUGCAUCUCAUUGACUGUAGUAAUUGUUGGUCGCUGCCACCAGUUGGGGGGCUACCUGCUCUCAAAGAGCUUCGUGUAGGAAGGAUGAACUCUGUUCAGACAAUUGGUGUUGAGUUUUAUGGCAGCACUGGAUCUUCUCUAGUUCAGCCAUUUCAAUCACUGGAGAAGCUGCAGUUUUAUAGGAUGCCAGAGUGGGAGGAAUGGGUAUCAAGUGGAAGUGGAGGUGCAGACUUUCCUUGUCUCCAGCAGCUGAUUCUAAAGGAGUGUCCAAAACUGAGAGGAAGUUUGCCUCGUGAUCUGCCUUUCUUGAAGAAGCUUAGUGUGAAAGGGUGUGGGGUUUUACUUUUACAUGAUCAAAGGGCCGCUAGUACUCGUAACAUGGACUCCUACAAAUCUCUUAAAGAACUGAAAAUAGAGGAUGGAUGCCACACAA